GCCGUGCCGCCCCCGCUGGCCGCCAGGGCCGAGGCGUUCGCGCCGCUCAGGGAGCCCGAACCGCCGCCGCCGCCCGCAGCUGUGGACGUGCCGGAGGUGGAUCUGAGCCACCUGAGCGACGAGGAGCGCGCCAAGAUCCAGAGCGUGAUGGCCAAGGCGCAGCUCAUGGACAAGGACCCCGCGCCCGCGCCCGCGGCGCCGCCGGCGCACACCAGGAGGGAGUUCGAGCUGCCUUCAGAGUUUGGAGCAAGGCGCGGAAUGGAUUUCCCGCCGAAGCUGUGCUCCCACUGCCGCCAGAGAGAGGCAUCUCCCGGGAUGGGCCAGGACUGUACACAGUGUCGCAAACCUACCUGCAACACGUGCGGAAGCGUCUUCGCAGUCGACAAUAAGAGACCGGAAUGGCUGUGCAACACGUGCAUCAAGAAGAUGUCUCCCAUGGGCUGGCAGGGGCAGGACCAACUCAUGAGUUCGCAGCAUCAGGCGUGGGAGUCGCACAUGCGCGUCAAGGAUAUGAGAAGGGAGCCGGCGCAGCGAGGCGAAGAGCGCCAGCGUGGACUAAUGGGCUCAUUGAGCCCUAUUGCUGACAGUGACGUUGGCAGCUCUGGUUUGCUAAUGGACCAGCAAUCUCCACGAGCCCAGUUACGCUCCCAGAAGACUCUUGAUGGUCUACCCAUAAGUGACUUCAGCUCACUUCCAGGGAAAACUCAUGGUGUGGACCUGAUAAGAGGAAGAGGACUGGAAACAAUGAAAAAUACUCAGCAAGAUGUGACUUCUGAGUUGCAGCAUAGGUCAGGAAGCUUAAGUUCAUCUGAUUUAGGCCCUUCAAGGAAUGGAUUUGGUUCCAUGGAUUCCGAUCACAGUAAUAUUCAGAUGGGUGAUUCAGUUUCAGAGUUCUCAUCAUCAAUGUACCUGAAAAAUGGCUCCCAACACCAUCAAUUAACACAACAGUUGCAAAUACAAAAACAACAGCAGCAGCAGCAGCACCAAUUACAACAGCAGCAGCAGCACCAAUUACAACAGCCGCAGCAACAACAGCCACAAACACAGCAGGUACAGCAGCAUGACAUACAGCAACAAAAUAUCAUGCAGCAACAACAAGUACAACAAUUAACUCAGCAACAAGCCCAUCAUCAAAAACUUCAACAUCAGCAACAACUCCUGCAACAACAAAAGUUACAACAACAGCAACUGCAACAGCAACAACAGCAGUUACAACAACAGCAGCAGCAGCUGCAGCAGCAACAGUUACAACAACAGCAACUUCAACAGCAACAACUGCAACAACAACAAAUGCAGUUGCAACAACAAGCACAACAGCAACAAAAACUCAUGCAAGUACAACAGGCAGCAUCACACCAACAAAUUCAGCAGCACCAACAACAGCAACUUCUUCAUCAACAGCAGCCACAGCUUGUGCCCCAACAGACGCAGCAGCAGCAGCAGCAGCAGCAGUUGUUGCAACCACAGCAAAUGCAGCAACAACAAAUUCAACAACAGCAAAUUCAACAACAACAAAUUCAGCAGCAACAAAUGCAACAACAACAUAUCCAGCAGCAACAACUGCAGCAGCAACAAAUGCAGCAGCAACAAAUACAGCAGCAACAAAUACAGCAGCAACAGCAGCAAGAACAGCAGGAACAGUUUCAGAAACAGGUGCAAAUGUUGCAGCAAACGAAAACCAAAUCCAAGUUCAGUGCUGCUCAGGAGGGCGGCGGCAUGCUGCUGCAGCAGGCAGCACAGGCACCUGCACACAACCAGUCUGAUGCAUCACAAGCACAACCACCACCUUCUAAGGCCUCCUCAGGGACCAUAAGUGGAAUGCUUGCAGACUUCAGCAGGGCUCUUGGUUUGGGUGGAACAUCGCCACGCCCAUCACCUUCAGAUGAUAAGCCUAGUACCAACAGCCAAGGACUCCAGCAACCUACAAUGCAAUACCCACAAGCUACACAGCAGAAGAUGAACACAGCUCAGUUACAAGACCAGCUGCAACCCAUGGCACAGAUGCAGCAGCAGAGGAUACAGCAGAUGCAGUCACAGCAACAGCAGCAGCAGUUGCAGCAACAACAACAGCAGCAACAGAUGCAACAGCAGCAGAUGCAACAGCAACAGAUGCAGCAGCAACAACUCCAGCAGCAGCAGCUUCAACAGCAGCAACAACAUCAGCUGUUCCGACAGCAGCAGCAGAUGUUGGGAGAGUUUGGAGAGAUAUCAGGUGCACUGUUCCCACAGCACCUGACACCACAGCAGCAGCAGAUGUACCAGCAGCACAUGCAGCUGCAGCACCAGGCACAGCACCUCAAGAAGAUCCGCCGCUCGCUGCCACACUCUGCAGAUCAGCAGCAGCAACAGCUGCAGCAGAUACGCCAGCAGACGUUACAUCGAAAGGAUCUGAAUCAGUCACAGAUUUUAGUUGGUUCGCAGUCGGUGCUAGCGGGUUCGCUAGCCAGCAGUCAACCUGUGAUUGGCAGCAUGCCUCAAAUCCAGACCCAACCCACUGGUCGGUUUGCCAUGGGGGCGCACCUUGUCUCAAGUCAACAGGCAACACGCAGUCUUCAUGCAGCCACUGUGACACCAAUGGGGACACCUCAAAGCACACCUGUUGGCACUCCACGGGGCCCAAGGGAUGGUGGUGGUGAUUCUUCAGAUACAAUGAGUGAAACAGAUUCUCAGAAAUCAUUGAGAAUGAGACGUAAAUUACCACCUAUACCAGCUGAUCAAGAAGCAGCACCUCUUCCAUCAACUAAGAAACGGGAACGUAGUAAAUCACAGACAUUACAGGAUCGCUUUAGGUCCUUUUCACCCUUGCGACAGACUUCUCUUGAUGGACUGCUACCAAGGACAUCGAAUCUGAUGUUAGCCAGACCAAGUGCUAGUGAAACUAACCUUCGAAAAAUUGCUCUUGGGGUUGAUCCUAUCCCACGACCUGGAUCAGCACUGGGUUUAUUGCAAGCUUCAAGUGUUGUGAGCAGCUCAGGAAUGAGGCCAAUCACAACGGGUAUUGGUACAACAGAUCUGACAAGUACAACAGCAACAUACUCAUCACCACUGGCUGACUUAGCAUCAUGUUUGCCUCCAGACUUGAGACACUUACUUGGAAAUUCAACAUAUUCUGAUUCUGGAAAUUACGGAAAACAGCUGCCAAGUUAUAUGCGAAGCCUUAAAGAGCAACUGAGAGAUGAAAUUAAAUUUGCUGCUGCUGAGCGCAGGAGACUGCUGACCACUCCUGAUAAGGAUCGGGAUACAAGGCUCCGAGAAAAAUUUGAACCAUUGAAAAGGCUGGAUAUCCAGAGGAAGAUUGCCUCACCCAUAAUGGGACGCUCCCGGAAGAUACGGGGUCAUCGUAGGCAGCUCUCUGACCCUAAAAUACACCCGCCAUUUUCGCCCAUCAAGGAAGACGGAGACCUGGAAAGUGAUUACGACAGGGGGUACCUUGGCUACUUACACCCAAGUCUGAAGCCUCCAUACAAAGCUUACGAAUAUGAGUCUAUUGACGACACUGGGAGACGAGCCGAGUGGGACCCAUCCCAGUCCUACCUCGCGUCUUCAUAUGCUGCGGCCGGCGGAGCCCUCAGGGAAACUGCCAUCAACAGCGUUCUGGACGAGGACCGCUACAUCACCAACUCUAGGUACAGCCUACGGCGGUCGAGCGACGGGCUGGAUGUGCGCCGCCGCCACGACAGCCGAAAGCACCGCAAGCCGCGCUCGUGGCACCCUUCGCCCUACGGCAGUGACGACGAUGACGACCAGCUGACGCGCGAAGAGAAGAAGGCCAAGAUCAAAGCGGAGAUAGCGCGCCGCCGCCAGCAAAUUGAAGAGAACGCGCGCCUCCACGAAGAACUGUUGCGCUUGGCGCGCCUCCGCGAAAGUGCCGAGCUGGGGUUCACGCCGCACUCGGGGCCCGAAGCCGGCCGCGGCGGCUACGGAACUUCGAGUGUGCUCAAGUCCAUAGACGAACUGCUGCUGUCCGGCCGUGGGCUGCAUUUCGACUACCGAGCACACUCUCCCCGGCGCACGGAAGAGGACCGCUCCAUGGAUCGGAUAGCGUCCACCUUCCGCACUGACGACUACACGUCCGGCGUGUACGAGCGCCUGUCCGACUUCUCGCCGUUGACGGACUUCACCCCGCAUGCAAUGCCUCUCCUCCCGGACAUGCCCACUCGGUCACGUAAGCUGCUGGAGGACUUAGGCAGUUCUCCCAUCACCGAGUCCGUGCUCGCGCUGCCACAGAAAGGCAAGUAUGGCUCCAGACUCUACGCCAAAUAAUUUUCGUUCCCAUUUUUCUUCUGAUAAACGUGUACUUCGUUUCAAUUAUUCUCGAUACUCCAAAGAAUCUCUCCUACGGUAACUUUCCAGUAUUUUCCAUUCCGCUUUCCUAUCUCUCGUACACUGUCGUCGUCGAGGCGACCGAGUUUACUGAAGGCGUGAAACGUCGAGCACUUAGUAGCUAAUGAAAUAACGUAUCCUAAGUACAGCUUACAAAAGUACUCUAGCUAAAUUACAAAUUCUUCCUCAAUGAUUGCCUUCUUCUGAAUGCGGUGUCCAUUUGCGAGAAGCCUUUCCGUGAGACCUAGCCGAUUUCGUGUGUGCCUUAAUGGUAAUUCGGCUGGUAAUGUGUUAUAUAUGUGUUAGAGUAAUGUUUUUUUUUUCGAAGUUCGGAACGCUUGUAAAUGUUAUGUCACCUCAUACCCACAUUCUCUCCCUCAUGCUUCACUGCUUAUCACUAAACACUGUUCUCGUGACAGUGGUACAGCAAAUUUGGAACUCGUAUAAAGAGUUUGGAAUGUUACCUUUCUUAUUUGGUAUUUAUUUCUGGCUCCGGUGUGGUCGUCCGACCCGUUGCAUCCCGUCACGUGUUUACCGAUGUCCGAUGUCGACCUCGAUAUAAGAGUGAGGAGUCCCGUUUUCGGUGGUGAACAUUUACCCACUGUUAUCUGUAAUUAGCCACCCUAUUAUGAGAUGCACCCGUAACUGUCGUGAGGCAAAUAAAGGAAAAUGUAGUGUCACAUAUAUAAAUAAUUGUGAAGUUACCACUUGCAGAAGCAAAUGAACCACUUGAAACACUGUUUCCGUAAUCGAAAUUGUCAGACAGGCUUAGUGUUAAUGUCUAAAAGUGGUAAACUGUCAUAUGUGUAACAUACUUCCAUACACUGUUUAGUAUUUCUUUCCCAACACAUUCAAAACACGAGUCGUUUGUAUGUACGGCUUAAAGCCGGAACACUUUUUAAGUGAAGAAAGUGUUUCUCCAAAUUUGUUGGUUGUAUUAAGAAAUAUAUACGCAACUGGGAUAGCUAUAAUACAGUGACCCAAAAUGUUAUCCUAUAUGUGUAAGUAUUGCAACGUGCUUCUGCUGCAUGCUAAAUAAACGUGUCUGUCUCAAUAAUCUGUAUCUCUAAGAGGAACAUUCAUUUAUAUUCGUACAUAUAUCUCAUAAAUAGACUUAUCGACGCUCAAAUUUCAGUCACACACUGAAAUAAUUAUAAAAAAUAUUAAAGUAGGAAAAUUCAUUACUUCCCUCGAUAUUAUUGUUGCAUAUACGCAUGAAUGUGUGUUUCACUCUUGUGCCCACUUCUUUUAGUGAAAUAUGUAACAAUUGUGAGAAGCUGUGCUGAGGAAUGAGAUGCAACUUGUUUAUUUGUUUCUGUGCAUCAUUUUAGCAACUCAGUAUUUCUUAUUUCUCAAAUAUGUUUUAGUUGUAGACAUGUUACUGAAUUGUUGAUAAGCAGUUGGAGCAUGUUAAAUACAUCAGUACACUAGAUAAAUUUUAUUAAAGUAUUAAAGUAAACCAAAACCAAAAGAACAAUCUAAAAUAUUACUAACAUGUAACCUUGCCAAAGCUAUGCAUGUACUGGUUGCCAAAAGUAUGAAUGAAAUGCAGAAUGUUAGGGUUUUCAAAUGCUUUAGUGUUCUAUGUGGUUCUCUGUGGAAGGCACAGAAUGAAUGGAAAUAUUUUGCAUAUAUCUAAUGUUAACAAUUUUCUGUUGAUUCAGUCAAUGUUGAAAAUUAGAGAUUGGUCAAAAGCAAUUCCUCUCAAAUCCAAAAUGAAAUUGAUCCUUUUCAUUAUUCAAUCAUAAUGAGAGAUCACAGCUGAUAAAGUGUUUCUUGAAAUUGGUGUUAGUAAUAUAUUGUUGAAAUAAAUUAUUCGAAAUUCAUGUUUCUUAUCUCUCAAACACAAUAAUGAGUUUAAAAUUUUUGAAUCACCAUCUGAGUAUAAGUAUUCUAGUACAGUUAAUAAAAGAUCAGUAUGGUGAAAUCUUCUGAAACUCCAUUAAAGCUACAUUAUAUUGAAAGAUUGCUUCAUCUUUGGUGAAGCUUUGGAGAUUACCUUUGUUCUGCUUCAGUUCUGUAAAGAGAUACUUACUGGUCCUUUUUACAAUCAAUGAGCAAAACUUAAUGUGUCCUGUUGAUGGUCUUGGCUUCCAGAAAGAAACUAUAUAGUCAAAAUUUGAACUAGGAGUGUGAAAACAGUGGAUUUAAAUUUAUAUGAUUCAUGAACAAAUGUAAAGCAUUUAAUUCAUAUUUUGCAUGUUGCUCCUUGAGAGUAUAUAAGCUGAGCUUAACAGCUGAAGAACUCUUUCUUGAAACAUAAAUUUAGAGAUCUACUGCCACUGUACCUGGAUGUUUCUUGUAGUAAUAAUAUAUCACCUGUGGAUUCAACAUACUAUACUCAAGCUCAUAAAGAAGGAAAACACUAAACAUAAGGAUUACAGUUUGUGGCUUGGACACUUCUAAGUAGCACAUUUGUUUGCUUUUCAGAACUGUCAUAAAAUGUUUAAAGUGAAAGAAACUGUUGCAUUUAGUGGGAACUAAUGGUUAAUGUCAAAAUGAUAUAUUCUGCUUUUUAAGAAUAUUGUGUGUAAACAUUGUUGCAUAUUGUAUUGUGGCAUGAAUAGAGGUAGAAGCCAAAUUAAACUGCUUGAAAUAUAGAUUCAGUACCUUAAAGUAAGAAAUUAAUUACAAUUUCACUGUUUUUUGUAAGUCACAAAUAGCUUAAUUCAUUAAAAUUGGUAUUUACAGUAAUUUUUUCUUAGACCUUUAGUUAUUCAGAAGGACUUUUUGUUCAUAAUGAAAUGCCACAAUUCAAUUUGCACAAUUUCUUGAACUACGGAGCAUUUGUCUUCAUAAUAAUGACUGUAAAAGUAUAUAUGUUUAUAUGAGGAAGGUGGGGUAGAAAUGAUGACUGCUGCUUUUACAAUUGGCAUUAUUUUGUGAUAAGAAACCUUCACCUGAAGUUUAACUCUCAGUCAUCAAGCUAACUAACACUACGUUUUAUUACACACUGCACUCACAAAAUUAACUCAGUUUACACAGUCACAAGAUGACGAUUUGUCAGAUGUUCCCAUAGCCCAUUGCACUUCAAGAAACAACCUUUAGCAUUUUGCCUUUCAUAUAGAAGCGAUAAAAGUAUAAAUUGUUUUGCUCUGAGAUUUUGUGACAAAUGCAUGAUUUGAAAAAAUCAGUAAGAUUGAAUGUGAUAUUUGCUGCUGCUUACAUGUUUCAUGAUUCUCAUUGUACUUCAUUGUACUGUGACUGAUAUUAUAGCACUUCAUUCAUGAUUACUGAAAGUCACUUUAGUAUCUGUUUGGCCACAAAUUAGUUCAGUGCUUUCACUGCUGGCAAUUUUCUCGGUGUAUAUAAUAGGUAUCAGUUCACCACUUUUGAAUGCUGGUUGCCAGUUACAUGAUCUACACUUAUAUGUUAUUGUCCUAUAUGGUAUCUAAUUAUCAAUUUGUAAAAUGAUACAGGUUCACAUUUUACCCCUCUAUGCUGUGGCCCAGACUUUACAUACUAUUCUGGUUUUGGAAUGAGUAAUACAAAACCAAAACAGUGACUUGUGAUAUUACUAAACAAAUAUGUCUGCUUCAAUAUCAAACAUGUUCUUUAUUUCUUUUAUUCAAUGUUUGUUUACUUUCCAAUUAUUUGUGUCAUGUUUAUUUUUUGUUCCCUUACCCAUCAAUCACUGACUUCAAACCUAAUAAGCC